CCCCCGCCGCUCGCCGCGCCGCGCCUGUGGCAGCCCGGCAGCAUGGCGGCCGUGGAGACCCGCGUCUGCGAGACGGCGGGCUGCAGCAGCGAGGCCAAGCUGCAGUGCCCCACCUGCCUCAAGCUGGGCAUCCAGGGCUCCUACUUCUGCUCUCAGGAAUGCUUUAAGGGAAGCUGGGCUACUCACAAGUUAUUACACAAGAAAGCAAAAGAUGAAAAAGCUAAACGUGAAGUAUCCUCUUGGACCCUGGAAGGUGACAUCAACACAAAUCCCUGGUCUGGUUAUCGAUAUACUGGCAAACUCAGGCCGCAUUAUCCUCUGACACCAACAAGACCUGUGCCAAGUUAUAUUCAGAGACCAGAUUAUGCUGAUCACCCACUAGGAAUGUCUGAAUCAGAGCAAGCUUUAAAAGGAACCUCUCAAAUAAAAAUACUGUCACCUGAGGAUAUAGAAGGGAUGCGAGUAGUGUGUAGGCUUGCUCGAGAAGUAUUGGAUGUUGCUGCCAUGAUGGUGAAAGCAGGUGUAACUACUGAAGAAAUUGAUCAUGCUGUCCAUUUAGCUUGUAUUGCAAGGAAUUGCUAUCCUUCUCCUCUGAAUUAUUACAAUUUCCCUAAGUCAUGUUGUACAUCAGUGAAUGAAGUGAUCUGUCACGGAAUUCCUGACAGGAGGCCAUUACAGGAGGGAGAUAUUGUUAAUGUGGAUAUUACUGUCUAUCGUAAUGGCUACCAUGGAGAUCUGAAUGAGACAUUUUAUGUUGGAGAAGUUGAUGAGGGUGCAAAGAGGCUUGUCCAAACGACAUAUGAGUGCCUAAUGCAAGCCAUUGAUGCAGUAAAACCUGGUGUUCGAUAUAGAGAACUGGGAAACAUUAUUCAGAAACACGCUCAAGCAAAUGGAUUCUCGGUUGUUCGGAGCUACUGUGGGCACGGAAUCCAUAAACUUUUCCAUACAGCCCCUAAUGUGCCACACUAUGCCAAAAACAAGGCGGUUGGAGUCAUGAAGCCAGGUCAUGUAUUUACAAUUGAACCAAUGAUCUGUGAAGGUGGUUGGCAAGAUGAAACGUGGCCUGAUGGUUGGACUGCAGUAACAAGAGAUGGAAAGCGAUCUGCUCAGUUUGAACACACUCUUCUGGUUACUGAUACAGGCUGUGAGAUCCUAACCCGACGAAUGGAUAGUACUCGUCCCCAUUUCAUGACCCAGUGAUAGUCUAGACUGAGCAGGUGGAUCUGAAUGAUACUUAUUUGUCUCUGUACUAUGCAUUUUUUUAAAGAGUACAGAAUAGAGAGGAGUUUCAUCAUUUGCUUUGUUCUUGCUGAUUGUAGAUAAGAGAGGAAUUCAUUGAAGAACUUGUCUGGUAAAGCAGAGAAGAAUUUAAAGAAUUUUCUGCUUUCCUCUUACCUACAACACUUGUGCUAUAUAUAUAUUUUUUUCUUCCAUUAUCUCUUUUGCACCUUUCUUCCACUUAGACCUGUGGAUGCUUCUUUUGCUGCCAUAUUAGCUAGAAAACCAGGUGGGUAACCUUUCCCACCUGGAUUUGUUAUUCUGGGAUCCAGUUUUCUUUUCACUUCAGUGUGCCCUGUUUCUCUUGGUGUGUGAGCAGCACCUAAGAUUUUAUGUGUUUCUAGUUCCAAAGACCCAUUCCUGCUUCUGCAGAUGCUGUUCUAAUGGGCUGGGCCUCAUUUGUUUAUCAGUUGAGAAACAGUUGAAGGGAGAAGGACGUGCAUGUUGCAAGAAUAGAUGAUCCUUACCUUUAAUUCCGUUCCCAUCUUUCUGCUGGUGAUCUCUGUGGUAAUUGUGACUGUAGGUGACACACGAUAUUAAUGCAGGAUUGACUUCUUUUGCUAGAGAUUUCUAGAAUGGCCUUCCUACAGGGAAAACUGCUAAAUUCUGUCUUAACUGCAGCUCUCUGCAACAAGCCUCCUCUCUGUGGAGCAGUGUUUGCAGGCAGUCUCCUGCUCCAAUAGCUUGGUGAAAAUGAUGCAUCAGACGUAGCUAGAGAAAAUAAAACAAGAACCAAAAAAUCCCACAAUUCAUAGGAUCCCUGUGUGGGUCAGCUGUGGGACAUUUGUUACAGGUACGUCCACAGUAGCUGUGGGGGACUGGAUAUGCGAGACUUACACAGUGAGAUGAGUACAUAUCUCAAAAGUCCAAGAAUGAGAAGAUGAAACAUCAAUGCUGUAUUACUUCUUUUUUUUUAGUUCUGAAACAGCUGUUUCUCCCUCAUCAAACAGUUGCGUGAGUUUCAUGGCUGUGUAAAGUCUUAGAGGGGCAUAGGAAAACUGAUCUUUUCCCUCAGACUGUACAGUGGGCUAUCUUAAUUUUAGUACAUAUGCACUUUUUUCUUGUCUGUCUGUGGAUUGUGAUCAGCUGGCAACCGUCACCUUAAGGAGUCCACAUUGAGCCUCUGUCUUCUCUGUAUCCUUUCUUUUCCCCUGCUUACUUCUUUUCCACUAUCUUUGGCGUCUUUGCUGAGGGAAUUUAUUUUUUCUUUUCUGAAUUGUAAUUAAAUUUUUUUCCCCACUGCAGACUUAAAAUCUUACAUUGCUGUAAUGCAAGAAACAGUUAAACCAAUGCAGACAUUAAAUCAUACAACUGUGGGCAUGAAAUAGACCUUUUACAAGGUAUCUAGUGAAUUUGUUGUCACUUUAGAUCCAAGCAUGAGGUACUGCGUGCCCUUGGCAAUGCAGAAUUUAGAUGGGGGAAAGCGUUUGUGCUUCACAGAACUGGACUGACACAGAUUCUACCAAAUACCAAAUUUACCAGAAACGUAUUCUCUGCUCUGAGUGCCUCAGACCUCCAUUGCUGUAAGAGUAUCACUGCAAUGUUUUCAUUACCUUUAUUAUUAUUUUUUUAAUUAUGCAGUAAAGUGACCUGAAAUUAUGCAUAGAGUGUGUGUGUGUGUGUGUGUGUAUGCGUGUGUACAGAUUUUAACAAAACAGACUGUAGUACUCUGAGUGGAAUUACCUGUGUUGAAUGAAAUGUAACAUAUUGAGAGGACUAUCUUGGAGGUUUGCCCACCGUCUCACUCACGUGAAUGGUUACAGUGGUCUUGCCUUUUCUAUGUGUGUGCGCGUGUGUGAUGGGGGGCCUCAUUUUUGUUCUAUAAAAUAAAAAUUGCAGCUGCUUUUAACAGAAAUCACAUUUUUCGUGAUCCAAAACUAGAAAUAGCAUUUCUAGGUUUCUCCAGGUUUGCUUGCACUAGUGCAAGCCUACUAGUAGAUGCAUGCAGCCAGUUAAAAAUCACACUUAAACCUGUGCAUGUGUAACGUGGAUACCUCUUUGUUGUUGCACAAAUACAACCAAAUUUAGCACCGCAAGUUUACACCACAGGUAAUCUAUGAUGCUAUGCAUUUCUGUCUAUAAAUUGAAAUUGCAGUAAGAAAACUGUUUCUACUGAGUUCAUACUGUUGCAGUAUUUUUAAACAAGUGAAAAGUUUGGACAGCAUCUACACCUGUUCUUUGAACAUGGGAUAGGUAACACGUCAGCCUGGAGAACAGAAUUAUUUAAUAAAAAUGUUGUGAAAGACCUUUUUCACCUAUCUAGCCAUAGCUUUGCUUGAAUGUUACAUGUUGUGCUUAUUGAAUUUGGGAAAUGAUCUAUUUUUUUUCUUACAGAAGUUGCUAUCCAUUACAAAAUACAACACAACAAAAAACCUU